UCCUUAUAUGGUCAGGCUCCGCCCCUGGCUGUGAUGUCGUCAGCAGCUGGGAGGAAGACCCGUGGGGUUUUUGGGUUUUGGCGUCCAGUCCUGUGGGGCCGCAGGGCUGAGAGUUUCUCCUCUGCUCCUCAUCCCUCCAUCAGCGCUCCUGUUUCCUCUCCUCUCUCCUCUCCUGUCUCCUCCUCUCCUCUCCUCCUCUUGCCUCCUCUCUCCUCCUCUCUUUGGGGAAAAGAAAAAAGACACUUUGCUCGCGCUCGAUUCGCCGUGCGGACUCGUCUCUGUUCUUCUUCUCGUUUUCUCGUCCUCUGAGGAUUUUAUUUUUCUUUUUUUCCUCCUCCUCCUCCUCUUCCUCUCCUCCUCGCCGGGUUUCAACCUGACGGCCGAGAAUUUUUAAAAAGUCCUUUAAAAAAAAAGACAUUUUUCUUUCAGUGUAAAAAGUUGAAUGAAAUGUAAAAAAAAGACAGAAAAAGUUGAAUAAAACUCAGCUUGUCUUCCUCCUCUUCCUCCUCGUCUUCCUCGUCGCUGGCUGCUUUUGGCGUUUCGAUGUCGAUGAAUUAGACGAUCGAGCCUCCGUUCGUCCUCUAGAGCUCCUCUGGGUUUGGGUUUUUUUCUGGACUUUUUUUCCUGCUGAUUUUUCUACUUGUUGUUUUGCCUUCGUGUUGUUUCGUCCUCGUGGUCGUGCGGUCACGGCGGUCGGAGCGUCGGGGCCCCGGAGAUGUUUGGGAUCCAGGACAACCUGCCCCGCGGGGCCACGGCCAGCAUGAAGGAGGAGCCGCUGGCUGUUCGCUCCUGGAUGCACUCAGCUGGCGUGGUGGACGCCAACACAGCCGCUCAGAGCGGGGUGGGGUUAGCCCGGGCGCACUUUGAAAAGCAGCCCCCGUCCAACCUGAGAAAAUCCAACUUCUUCCACUUCGUGUUGGCGCUGUACGACCGGCAGGGUCAGCCAGUGGAGAUCGAACGCACCGCCUACGUUGACUUUGUGGAGAAAGAGAAGGAGCCGAGCGGAGAGAAAACCAACAACGGGAUUCACUACAAACUGCAGCUGCUCUACAGCAACGGUGUGAGGACGGAGCAGGACCUCUACGUCCGGCUGAUCGACUCCAUGACCAAACAGGCCAUCAUCUACGAAGGUCAGGAUAAGAAUCCAGAGAUGUGCCGAGUCCUGCUGACACAUGAGAUCAUGUGCAGUCGCUGCUGUGAUAAGAAGAGCUGUGGAAACAGAAACGAGACGCCGUCAGACCCCGUCAUCAUCGACAGGUUCUUCCUGAAGUUCUUCUUAAAGUGUAACCAGAACUGUCUGAAGAAUGCCGGAAAUCCCAGAGACAUGAGGAGGUUCCAGGUGGUGGUGUCGACGACAGUGAACGUGGAUGGCCACGUCCUCGCUGUUUCUGACAACAUGUUUGUACACAACAACUCCAAACAUGGCCGCAGAGCCCGGAGACUGGACCCGUCUGAAGCAGCCACUCCCUGUAUCAAAGCCAUCAGUCCCAGUGAGGGUUGGACGACGGGCGGAGCAACGGUCAUCCUGAUCGGAGACAACUUCUUUGACGGCCUGCAGGUUGUCUUCGGUACCAUGUUGGUGUGGAGUGAGCUGAUCACCCCUCACGCUAUCCGUGUGCAGACUCCUCCCCGUCACAUCCCUGGGGUUGUCGAGGUAACGCUGUCCUACAAGUCCAAACAGUUCUGUAAAGGAGCACCUGGACGAUUCGUUUAUACAGCUUUAAACGAGCCCACCAUAGACUACGGCUUCCAGAGGUUACAGAAGGUCAUUCCUCGUCACCCCGGAGACCCGGAGAGACUGCCUAAGGAGGUGCUGUUGAAGAGAGCAGCUGACCUGGUGGAGGCGCUCUACGGGAUGCCUCAUAACAACCAGGAGAUUAUCCUGAAGCGUGCAGCCGACAUCGCCGAAGCUCUCUACAGCGUUCCCAGGAACCACAACCAGAUCCCGUCGCUAGGCAACACCGCCUCCCAUGGCAUGAUGGGAGUUAACUCCUUCAGUGGGCAGCUGGCCGUCAACGUCUCUGACACAACGCAAGUUGGCUACAGUCGUAACACCAGCAGCGUGUCGCCACGGGGAUACGUACCGAGCUCCACCCCCCAACAGAGUAACUAUGGCAACACUGUCAGCAACAGCAUGAACGGCUAUGGCAACACUGGCAUGCCAAACUUAGGAGUGGCAACAUCUCCGGGCUUCCUUAAUGGCUCGUCUGCCAACUCUCCCUACGGCAGUAAGUAUCAAGUAGUUCCAUCCAGUCCGACCAUGGCCGUAUCGAACUGUAACUCCUCUCACGGAGUCUUCUCCUUCUCAGCCGCUGUAAAACAGAAGAGCGCCUUUGCUCCCGUUGUUAGGCCGCCGGCUUCACCUCCUCCACCCAACUGCUCCGGCAACAACUCCAACGGGCUGCAAGCCAUGUCUGGCCUCGUCGUCCCUCCGAUGUAAAACAUCUCUCCUCCUCGGUCCUCAUCUCUCCUCCCCCCUCAGCCACGAGCACCAAUCACCUCAGAGGAGGCAGGGCCUCAGGCAGCAGCUGACCAGUCAGGACAGAGUAUCGAUGCUGUCUGUCACAGAUAAAAACAGAAACUGUCGUCUCUGAGUGGACGGAGUCUCCGGUCUUUUCUCUGGUGCUCUCAGCUCUCUGUAAUUAUUCUCAUGUUGUACUCUGUGUUUGGGGGGUGGGGUCUGUUUGUGUAAAACUGUGAUGUCACACCUGUGACAUGACAUCAUUUUCUCUACUUGUGAUGUAAUUCUGGGAGACGGAUCCAGGCCUUGUGGACAUAAAAGACAGAACUGCCCUCAUACCUGAUUGGUCACCUGCUCAGGACGUGGACACCUGGACAUCAUCAGGACACUGAAGUCGGGACGUAUGUCUCAGUGAGGGAGGACAGACAGGACACGUCCUCCUCAUGCUGCCUGUGAUUGGUCCUCACGUUUAAAAACAGAUCAGGAUGUUCGCAGAGGAAAGAAAUUUACAGCAAGGAAACAAGGAAGAAGGAAACUUCCAUUCACAAAUAACAGAAGCAAGGUAGUUAGGAAGCAAGGAAGAAGGAUGCCUCCAGCCAGGGAACAAGGGAAGAGGAGGUUUCCUACUUAGGAAGCAAGGAAGGAGGAAAAAUUGUAGUUAAGGAGCAAGAGAGGGGAGGGCUAGGACAGAGGAGGCUUCCAGGGAUGGACCAAGGGAGGAGGAAACUUCCUAGUUAGGUAGCAAGGAAAAAGGAAACUUUGUAGUCUGUUGGCAGGGAUGAGGAGGCUUCCAGGUAGGGAUCAAGGUGUCCAGCUAGGGAGCAGAAAAGAUGUAAGCUUCCUUGUUAGGAAGGAAGGACCACUGCUACCUAGGAGGCAAGAUGAAGGAAGCUUAGGGAAGGAGGAAUAAGAAGUGUUCCUAUGUCGGAACCCAGGAAGAAUGAGCUUGGUCCUGAUUGGCUUCCCUCACUGACCAAUCAUUGAAAUCAGGUUUAAGGUCGCGUCUCCAUGGAUACGCAUAUUUAUCAAAACUGAUAUUUUCCUCCACGUUUUGGCAUCUCGUCUUCAAACAGGUUCAGGUCAUGAAAACUGAGACUAAUGCUUUGUUCACACCCAAUGUGAAACAAAUUUCCGCAUCACGUUACUCACAUGAAUACAGUGUCAUGUAAAAGUUUGGUCUAAACUUCAUUUCCUGUGAGUAGAUGUAAUAGUAGAUGAACUGAUCUCCAAAAGUCAUGAAGUUAAAGAUGAAACAUUUCAUUAAUAUUUUAAUCAAGAUUAAACUUUUUAAUUUCAUCUUUUACAGUUUCACAAUAACAAAAAAUGAAAAGGCCAAAGCCAAAGUUUGAGCCCCCUGCAUGGUCAGUGCUCAGUAGCGCCCACAGAUGUUUAAUGAUGUUUAGGUUGGGGGACUGUGAGGGGCGUGGCCAAACCUUCAGCUGGCUCCUCUUGAGGUCGUCCAUUGUGGAUCUGGAGGUGUGUUUAGGAUCAUUGUCCUGUUGUAGAAGCCGUCCUCUCUUCAUCUGCAGCUUUUAUACAGAUGCUGUGAUGUCUGGAAUUUAACUGAAUCCAU